UAAACAAAGUAUCCACAACCGUUUGUAACUAGCCAGUUAGGGAGCAAAAAACAAUACACAUCCAAUGGCAUUUAAGGACAAUGUGAAAUUAAAAGUUGUUUAUUUAAGGUUUAAUAAAUGAUGCAGUGUAUGCUGCUUAAAUUGCAACACCAGACUUUAAAAACUUCAAAAUUUGGUUCUACUACCCAACUUGCACUAAGAGAGAACAAAACCUGCCAUGCCGGAAAGAGAAGCUCCCACAGAUCAUGAACAGAUUGACCACACAGCAAAUAAGAAUUUUUCGUUAAAAAGAAACUUGGGUAUUUUUGACUGCAUUUGCUUUGUUGUGGGAAGUAUUGUGGGUGCUGGAAUUUUUGUCUCUCCCACUGGCGUGCUACAAUAUGCUCAGCUUAACGUUGGUGUGGCCUUAUGCAUUUGGGCAGCUGGUGGGGCCAUAUCAAUGAUGGGCGCCCUCUGUUACGCUGAACUUGGUUCUGCAUUACCUUAUGCUGGAGGUGAAUAUUAUCAUGUAAAACGAGGACUUGGACAUUUGCCUGCCUUCAUUUACAUCUGGACAUUAAUACUGUUCAUAUUACCUGCAUCCAAUGCAGCACGAGCACUGACAUUUGCUGAAUAUGCCACUCGGCCAUUCUACUCUGGAUGCCCCACACCAGAGCUGCUUAAGAAAAUAGUGGCACUUGCAGUUCUUUGGAUUUUGGGAAUAAUAAAUACCAAGAGUACAAAGGCAACCACAUGGGUUCAGAAUGUUUUUACUGUGCUGAAAAUGUUGGCCUUGAUCCUCAUUGUUAUUUGUGGCUUCAAAGAACUUGCAAGAAAAAUGGAGAUUCCAGGACACUUACAGAAUGCAUUUAGUUCCCCGGAUCCAAAUGCAGCUCAAAUAGCAGAGUCUUUCUUUCAGAGUCUAUAUGCGUAUGGAGGUUGGAACGCCUUAAAUUACAUUGCUGAGGACAUUAAAAACCCAAGCAAGAACAUUCCACUCUGCACUAUAACAGCCGUGUCUGCCGUCACUGCAUUUUAUUUGCUGGUAAACAUCUCAUACCUCACCGUACUGACACCCAAAGAAAUUGUUUCUUCAGCUGCUGUAUCAGUUACCUGGGCUGUUCGAGUGAUUCCCACAGUAGCCUGGAUAAUACCAGUUUCAGUCGCUAUCUCAAUAUUUGGUUCUCUAAACGGUGAUGUAUUUAUGCUUGGGCGACUAAACUAUGCUGGGAGCAAGGAAGGUCAUUUACCCUCACUUAUAUCAAUGCUUCAUGUGAAUCACUUGACUCUGGCUCCAGCUACAGUCCUCUCAACCAUUAUCGCUUCAGUAUUUGUUAUUCCUUCAGAGCUUAUCUCAUUAACUAAUUACUUUGGUUUUUCUUCUUCCCUUUUGGGUGGACUAACUGUUACAAGUUUAAUUGUUCUACGCUACAGAGAACCAAACCUUCACCGGCCAUACAAGGUCUUUCUUCCAGUCGCCUUUGGAGUUGUUCUCGUUUACACGUUUUUAUUUCUAGCGCCAAUAAUACAAUCACCGAAAGUACAAUAUUUCUAUGCCUUACUGUUUAUGCUGAGUAGCAUGCUCAUUUAUUUCCCCUUUGUUCAUUUUAAACUGCGCAUCCCAUACUUUGAUGCAAUCACUUGCCACUUACAGCUGUUGAUGGAGGUGGCACCCACAAAUAUAUUUGAAGAUCCAAAAAGCCAAUAAGAAGCAUUUGUAUAUCAGUUAGAUGUGCUUUUAUUAUACGGAGAUUGCACUGGCAUUUCUUAUCUGAAAACAUAAAGAUAUCUUUAUAGUUACUGUAAUUCUUAUGUAUUCCAUUGUUCAGUAAAUAUAAUUAUCAAACCAUGUCUGUGCAAGAAAACUUUUCACAUGAUAAUACUUCUUAGAGCAAGCUUACAAGAUUUUGAAAUUGAAAUUGCAGGGAUAGACUUAUUGGGCCCAUUCAUCAAUGUACGAAUCGGAAUUACGAUCACUUUGUCGUACGAAAAUAUUGUACUUAUGAUCCGGAAAUUCUGAAAUUUUCGUAUUGAAACAAUCGUAAACGUA